AUGAAUUUUAAAAAUGGCUUUUCCGGUGCAUUAAAAUCAAUGAAUGAACCAAUAUUUAAAAAAAUAAUACUAGAUAUCAAUGAAGAAACUCCAAUAAAUAAUUAUGUAAAAUGUAAAAUUAAACGUAAUUCUGUUUACUUUAAAAGCAGAUUCGGUACAAGAAUAAAUAAAAUAAUAGACUCAAAACAUGUCUUAAAUGGGAAUCCCUUGGUGGUUUGGGAAAGUGAUAAUGAAGAUGAAUUAAUUAAAGAUGUUUCAUAUUAUAUCAAUGGUUUUGGAGAAAAAUACUUGGCAAUGUUAUUCGAAAAUAAUAACUACGCAUUUUUGCAAUUCUCUGAAUACUACUCGGUUGUAAAAAACAAUACUCAUGAAAGAAAGAAUUUGAAUUUUUAUAAAUUCUAUGAUAUUAAUGAUUCUACUUACAAGAAAUUGGAAGAUGUUAUAGAUCUCUAUUUAAUUGAUUUGAAAGGCUUUAAAUACUCAGUUGAAUUUCACUUUUCAAAGGAUUAUAAGAAAAAAUUUGGUAAAAAUUUGCCAAUACAGUUAAAUUAUAACAUUUUUAAAGAUGAACUCUACAUCAAAUUUAUAGACGGAAGAAUAGAAUUUCUAAAUGUGAAUAAUAAAAAUAUUAAACUAUUUGAUAAAAAAGAAAAAAUUAAUUCAUUAAAUAAACUUUGUCAAACAAAUGAAUUUUCUAUAAACACAAAUAUAACUAAUAUCCAUAAUAGUACCACGACGAUACCUUUAAAUACAAUAAACAAAAUUAAUGAAAGUGAUGCCCAUACUCUAAGUAGAGUUGACUCUGUUGAUAAUUCACUGAAUUUUUAUAAUAUUGAGUCAUUUAUAAAUAAUAAAAGAUCGUUUAAUAAUUCAACCUAUUUUACAAAUAAUGGUAUAAAAUUAGUAGUCGUGGAUAUAAAGAAAGAAGAACCAACAAAGGAAUAUAAUUGUAUAAAUAGUGGUAAGUUUAUAGAGUUUAGGUGUUAUUCUGGAUGUGGAAUAACUAAGGUAUUGGAAUCAAAUGGAAGAAGGGUUCCGAGGCUUAUUUGGUCAUCUCCCGAACCAAACUGCCAUGCCUGUAGAAUAUUUCUAAACAAAGAUAAUGAUAAUAAGUACUUGAUGCUGUUAUCAACAACUAAUAAUUAUUUGCUCUAUCAUUACUCAGAUGAGUAUUGUUGUUGGGAAGACAUAACUCAGACAAGAAUAACAUUAAGGAAGUUAAAACUUUAUAAAAAUAAUGGAGAUGAAAUUGAAUUGACAAAUUGUAGAGUAGUAUUUGAAAAUUUUGAGUGUAAAGUUAGUAUUAGUGAUGAUUGCGUCAGAGCGGAGUGCGAAAACUCAAGCUUCUCAAUUUCAGUAAAACAGAAUGAAAAUGAUAUUAUAGACUUAAUUCUCAUAAAUCUAUUAUAUAACACAGUUGUUGUCUUUUUAAAAAAAGGAAAACCGAUUCUACUAAGCCUUCUCUAA